AUGGCUUCUUCGAUCAAAGCGCUUACGGACAUCCCAACCAUCACUCAACUUUAUCAAAAAUCAGCCCUCAGAAAAGCUUCGUCUUCGUCGCCAUCUUCCAUCCAUCCUUCAACGUCGACCAACUCUCGCGUCGGCCUCAUUAAGGGUGACAUUACCAAACUGCGGCUUGAUGCUAUUGUGAAUGCUGCCAACACCACCUUACUAGGUGGAGGUGGUGUAGAUGGCGCCAUCCAUCGUGCUGCUGGCUCGGAGCUCUUGCGCGAGUGUUCUGGCAUUGGGGGUUGCUCUACUGGUGAUGCAUGCAUAACUAAGGGUUACAAAUUGCCUGCGAGGCAUGUCAUUCAUACCGUUGGGCCAAUAUAUGACAACCGUUCUCCGCAGAAGAGCGAGGCACUACUCCGAAGCUGCUAUGAGAAAAGCCUGAGUCUAGCGGUCUCGGCGGGCAUCAAAACACUCGCAUUUAGCGGGAUUAGUACCGGUAUCUAUGGCUACCCUUCUACUGACGCGGCAAAUGUCGCGUGUGAGACUGUGAGGAAAUUUUUAGACAAUGAUGGAGGUGCUUUGGACCGAGUUGUCUUUGUUACGUUUGAGGAAAAGGACGUAGUUGCUUACAAUGCUGCCCUUCCGAAAUACUUUCCACCUGAGCAGUGA